GGUGCAGCAGUAGCUACCUCUCGACUGGAUCCACUAACUGCCUCUGAUUUAUCAGUCACCUCUGCCUCGCUCACCCCUCUCUCCAUUCAUCCAUCGCCCCUCAUCGUUGUCUGUAAGUCUGUCAGCCUGUCUGUUUGUCCAUGGACUGGCCGUGACCCUGGAGGGAGGGGGACAGAAACGAAGAAAGAGCGGAGUUGCAGAGAAGACAGAGGAAAAGAAAGCUGGAUUCUUUCAGACAUCAAACUUCUGAGGUGCCCCGGCUCCCUAUCCUUCAUCCCCUCACCCUCCUCCUCCUCCUGCUAUGGGGAAUUAAAGGAGCAGUGGGAGGCUAGGACAAGCUAGUGAGGAGUCAGAAAUAAACAACCAAUGCUCCUUCAUUAUCGUUAAAUAAAAUUUAAAAGAGUUUAGGUGUAUCCUUUAGAUGCACAUUUUAAAGUAGGACAUCAAGGCAGAACCAAGAGUCUGACUGUUGAGCACAUGAACACCCCUCCACCAACCAAACGGAAGUGGAACUGAGUUGAGGACGGAUACGGAGAGAAAGGAGGACAAAAACAGAAGAAACCCUUACUGACAUGUCAACAACAGCCACGAUGGGUGAAAUGGCAAACAGCGCAGUGGAGUUUUAUCCUAAAGGGAGUCGGGCCGCAGGAGGAGGAAGGGCAGAUGGCAGUCUAGCAGGGGGAGACUUUGGCGUCACGGUGCUGGAGCUCAGGGAGCUGAUGGAGCUUAGAGCUGGUGAAGCCCUGACGAAGAUCGAGGACAGCUACGGAGACACAGAGGGACUCUGCCAGAGACUACAGACCAAUACCAUUGACGGUCUCAGCGGGGAGCCAGCGGACAUGGAGCGUCGGCACCAAGCGUACGGCCAAAACUUCAUCCCGCCGAAAAAGGCCAAGACUUUCUUGGAGCUUGUGUGGGAGGCCUUACAGGACGUCACGCUCAUCAUCUUGGAGGCCGCCGCCAUCAUCUCCCUUGGCCUCUCUCUUUACCAGCCACCCGGAAGGGAAAGCGAAUCAUGUGGGGAAGGGUCAGGGGGUGCAGAGGAUGAAGGCGAGGCUGACGCCGGCUGGAUAGAGGGUGCAGCCAUCCUGCUGUCUGUGGUGUGCGUCGUCCUGGUGACGGCGUUCAAUGACUGGUCCAAAGAAAAGCAGUUCCGCGGUCUGCAGAGUCGGAUCGAGCAAGAGCAGAGGUUUACCGUUGUGCGGAAAGGAAAUGUCAUACAGAUCCCGGUGGCUGAAUUGGUGGUGGGGGACAUGGCCCAGGUCAAAUACGGGGACCUACUACCAGCUGAUGGUAUCCUGAUCCAAGGCAACGACCUGAAGAUAGAUGAGAGCUCUCUGACAGGAGAGUCCGACCACGUACGCAAGUCUGUGGAUAAGGACCCCAUGCUGCUCUCAGGUACACAUGUGAUGGAGGGCUCGGGCAAGAUGCUGGUGACUGCUGUAGGUGUCAACUCACAGACGGGCAUUAUCUUCACCCUACUUGGUUCUGGAGAGUUGGAAGAAGAGGUGAAGGAGAAGAAAGGAAAACAACCUGAUGGAGCUGUAGAGAACAAUCAGAACAAAGCCAAGAAGCAUGAUGGGGGUGUUGCCAUGGAGAUGCAACCCCUGAAGAGUGCCGAGGGAGGCGAGGUGGAGGAAAAAGAGAAGAAGAAGACCAGUGUUCCAAAGAAGGAGAAGAGUGUGUUGCAGGGCAAGCUCACGAAACUGGCUGUUCAAAUUGGCAAAGCAGGUUUGGUGAUGUCAGCCAUCACUGUCAUCAUUCUGGUGCUCUACUUUGUCAUCAACACGUUUGUCGUUGAAGGUCGGGUUUGGUUGACAGAGUGUACUCCGGUCUACGUCCAGUACUUUGUCAAGUUCUUCAUCAUUGGAGUCACUGUGCUGGUGGUGGCUGUCCCAGAGGGCUUACCGCUCGCUGUCACCAUUUCUUUGGCUUACUCUGUCAAGAAAAUGAUGAAGGACAAUAACCUUGUACGCCACCUGGAUGCAUGUGAGACCAUGGGCAACGCCACGGCCAUCUGCUCGGACAAGACCGGCACCCUCACCACCAACCGCAUGACUGUGGUGCAGAGUUACCUCGGUGAAGUACACCACCGUGUGGUCCCGGACCCCAGUCAGAUCAACCCCCGCACACUAGACCUAUUAGUCAAUGCUAUCUCCAUCAAUAGCGCCUACACCUCCAAGAUCUUGCCACCGGAUGUGGAGGGGGGUCUGGCCAAGCAGGUGGGCAACAAGACGGAGUGUGGCCUGCUGGGAUUUGUAUUGGACCUUAAGCGGGACUACACCACUGUCAGAGAUCAGAUCCCUGAGGAGAGACUGUACAAGGUUUACACAUUCAACUCAGAGCGUAAAUCCAUGAGCACAGUGAUCAAGCAGCCGGACGGUUCUUUCCGCCUGUACAGCAAAGGAGCUUCUGAAAUUAUGCUAAAGAAGUGCUCCUCCGUCUUAGAUACCAACGGAGAACAGCAUGCCUUCCGACCACGUGACAGGGAUGAAAUGGUCAAACAGGUGAUUGAGCCAAUGGCAUGUGAGGGGUUGAGGACCAUCUGCAUUGCAUACCGUGAGCUGCCGUCCAAUCCAGAGCCAGACUGGGAAAACGAGGCAGAGAUAGUAACAGAGCUGACCUGCAUCACAGUGGUUGGGAUCGAGGACCCUGUGCGGCCCGAGGUGCCCGAGGCCAUCCGCAAGUGUCAGCGUGCGGGCAUUACAGUGCGAAUGGUGACUGGUGAUAACAUUAACACAGCCCGGGCCAUCGCUGCGAAAUGUGGCAUCAUCCACCCUGGGGAUGACUUUAUCUGUAUAGAGGGCAAAGACUUCAACCGACGAAUCAGGAAUGAGAAGGGAGAGAUUGAACAGGAACGUAUUGACAAAAUCUGGCCCAAACUCCGCGUGUUGGCUCGAUCCUCGCCAACAGACAAACACACUCUGGUUAAAGGCAUCAUUGACAGCACCGUCCUAGAACAGAGGCAGGUUGUAGCAGUAACAGGAGAUGGAACUAAUGACGGACCAGCUUUGAAGAAGGCCGAUGUGGGCUUUGCCAUGGGUAUCGCCGGGACAGACGUUGCGAAAGAGGCAUCUGACAUCAUCCUGACGGAUGACAACUUCAGCAGCAUUGUCAAGGCGGUGAUGUGGGGACGAAAUGUCUACGAUAGCAUUUCCAAGUUCCUGCAGUUCCAGCUCACGGUCAAUAUAGUGGCUGUCAUAGUGGCCUUCACUGGGGCCUGCAUCACUCAGGACUCUCCUCUGAAGGCAGUGCAGAUGCUGUGGGUGAAUCUGAUCAUGGACACAUUCGCUUCUCUGGCCCUGGCCACCGAGCCCCCCACCGAGGCCCUGUUGCUACGGAAACCCUACGGACGGAACAAUCCACUCAUCUCACUGACCAUGAUGAAAAACAUCCUGGGCCAUGGAGUGUACCAGCUGAUCAUCAUCUUUACCCUGCUGUUCAUAGGCGAGCGCAUAUUCAACAUCGACAGUGGCCGCAAUGCUCCGCUCCACUCCCCUCCCUCUGAGCAUUACACCAUCAUUUUCAACACCUUCGUCCUCAUGCAGCUGUUCAACGAGAUCAAUGCUCGCAAGAUCCAUGGAGAGAGAAACGUCUUUGAUGGCAUAUUCGCCAACCCCAUCUUCUGUUCCAUUGUUCUGGGGACCUUCGCUGUGCAGAUUGUGAUUGUGCAGUGGGGAGGGAAGCCCUUCAGCUGCGCCCCGCUCAACAUCGAGCAGUGGCUCUGGUGUCUGUUCGUGGGAGUUGGAGAGCUGCUCUGGGGGCAGGUGAUCGCUACAGUGCCGACCGCGCGGCUUCCAUGCCUGAAGGAGGCGGGAAUGGGCCACGAGCCUGGGGAAGAGGAAGGGGAGGAGAUGGCGGAGGAUGAGGAGGAGAUCGAUUGUGCUGAGAGAGAGCUGCGCCGCGGACAGAUCCUCUGGUUCAGAGGCCUCAAUCGCAUCCAGACUCAGAUGCGAGUGGUGAAAGCAUUCCGUAGUUCGCAGUACGAGGGCCGGGAGAAACCGGAAUCCCGCAACUCCAUCCACAACUUCAUGGCCCACCCCGAGUUCCUCAUCAACGACCUCAUCCACAACAUUCCGCUGAUCGACGACACUGACGUGGACGACGAAUCAGAGCUCAGCAGAUACCAGCACCUGCACCCGGCCCUCCGCAAGCCGCCGCCUCCUCCCACUCAGCCCCAGCCCCCAGCCCGAACCCACCCCACUCGCCCCUAUCGCCAGUAUAGCCUCCCGGUGACCCCGUGCAACAGAAACAACAACAACAACAGCAGCAGCAGCAGCAGCAGCAGUUCAGUGGUCACCCAAGGUAACAACAACAGCACCAAUGAAGUUACUCCCCGCAGCCGCAGCCCCUAUCACCACCCCCACCAAUACCACCAUAACCAUCAUGGCAGGGACAGGCCGGUGACACCCUUUGCCCCUCAUCUGGCCCAUCUCUACUGCAUGGAGACCUCCUUAUAACUUAGCUGAACGUGGGUCUGGGGGGAGAAGGGGAACUGAGUCUUGGGUAGGGGGAGGAGAGGAGAGCGAAAGAGAGGGCUGAGGACACACACAAGACAUUUUCAUCUCCCUUACAACAAGCUAACAGGAGGGCCUGAAGGACGAGGAAGGCACAGGAGGGAGUGGACAAUGGCCUGAGACUUCUGCGCGCAACUCCCAGAGAACAUUGCGACUAUCCCUCCCUUUGCCCUUGCUCCACGCCCUCUCAAUCGGACCCCCUGACGCAACAUCUCCCUCUCCGCCUUCAAACCCACUGGCCACCCCAUCUAUCAACCCCCCAAUCCCCCCCGAAGAACCUGCCCACCUCACUCUGCCUGACCUCACACACACUCGUCACACAUACGCACAGGGCCGCUCUCGCUGGGUUGUCCUGAGUGACAGUGGGCACGGUGGGAGGGAGGGGGGACGGACAUCCCAAAACAAAAUGACAUCCCUCAGCGCUUCAGUAGAACAGGGCCAUGUGGCUAUGGGGGCUGCCUCACUCUGUUUCUAUUGGUGUUCAUCAGUGUUGUUCUCAUUGCCCACCUACCCACCCACAUUGCACCAUUGUCACCACUGCCAUCAUUUAUCUGCGGCAACUUUAAAAUCACGACUUAAGUAAAAGGCUUUAAAGCCUGAACUAGACUUCAGUCAUGUCCAUCUUCUGAUUCCUCAGCAUAAUGGGUGCUCAUUCAUUUCUUUCUUUUUCAUUGGUAUUUAUUUAUUCUCGCCCUCUUCUUCUUUUCUUUCACUCUCUUUCAGUGUGUAUGUAUUGUCUUGUCUCUUCUGGGGGAAAAUAUGAACAAAAACAGAAAUGGCAAACAAAGAUCCUGUUCUUUUAAACCUAAUGUAAAUAGAAAAGGAAGGGGAUACGUAUACUUACAUAUGUAUAUGUAUGUAUAUAUAAUCAGAAUGUGUGUGGGAAGCGACAACACAGAACUCUUCAUUUUCACCACUUUUCAGCCCAACCUGUCCGAUCCUUGAACACCGCCCCAUGAGUCCACAUGACCUGUUAUCUGUAACACUGUCCAUCCUGCUCUGAGAUGACACAGUGUGCGACUUCACAUUGAUUUCGAUGUGUAUAUGUAUACAUACAGUAGCCCCAUACAGCACUAAGUUUAUUCACAGCCUCUUGCCAUGUUGAUAAAAUGAUGUGUGAGUAUGGGUAACAUCACUGGAAAAUCCUCUGGGGCCAGCCCACAGGUGAUGUCCUCUUCUCUCUUGCUGUUCCUCAGUCCGUGUUUUUCGUUUGCAACGCUCACUUGGUCUCGUCUGGUCUUUCGUCAGUGGGUGUGGGCAUGUUUCAGCUUUUCUUGGACGAAAAAGCUGAAUGCUUGUGAAGCAUUAACCCUUUAAAUGCCAUCACACACACACAAUGCACAGGCGAUGGCCCUUUAAGACUAUCAUGCACUCACUUGGAACUUGCUUCUGCUUAUGUGCCAUUGGGUCGUCUCCAUCAUGCACCACUGCCCUCUCCAUGAGUGUUGUGGACAAAGAGAUUGUUUCAUUUGUUCUAUCUGUCAUUUUCACAGACCAGGGGGAAACAAAUCACUGUUUGAUGCUGAAAGCGACCAUUCAUCAAGCCCAUGUCUAACAUCUGUGUUCAGUUUUGGCUUUAGGCCCAAAGCCCACUCAGCUCUAUCAGGUACGACCAAUGAGAGCUUAUGUGUCAUGUCGGCGCAUCCUGAACUGUGCAUUCCCCAUCAUCAUGAUGUGCGAUAAACUGAUUGGGAUACAUAAGAAGGAACAGCCCAACAUUUUGGAAAAUAUGCUUUCUUUCUCUUUAGCUAAGAGUUAGAUGAAAAGAUAGACUCUUGUGUCCGUAAAGAAUGAGCUAAGUGUAGCUGAGCAUACAGGGGAAACAGCUAGUUUGGCUCUCUUAAAAGUAAGCAGAACCUCUAGAACUCUCAAAUUAACAUAAAUGUAUUAUAUAUUUAUUUAUUUCAUCUGUACAACAAAAUAACGUAGCUGAGAAAAUCCUGAAUGCAUCCACUUCAGUUUUAAAAUCAAAUAUUUCCUUGUUGAACGAAAGUCAAAAAAACUUAAUUUUGGCUUUGAUGAGGUAUUAAAAUCAACAAAUCAAAGUGCGACUGUCGUGACAGUGCAGUAGCGUCAGUCAGAACAUUCAGACUUGCAGGAAACUGUCACCACUGCCAAAUACUGACUGAUUCGAAAAAAUUGAAUAAUAUAUAUUUUUUAUUGAGGUGAUGAUGGAUGCGUUGGGAUAUGAUUUUUGGGGCUUUUUGGGUAAAUAAGAAAUAAUUUAAAUGAUUGUGUUACUUUGGGAUGGAGCCACGCCUCAUGUCUCCAGUCUCACAAUAGAAACACACACGAGAGAGUGUUUUCAUCCAACUGUUGGUAAGAUGUUUGUAAGCCUAUUUCCCACAUUGUGUCGAAGCUGUCCUGCGUGAAAGGUCAUAACACCCUGCAUGAGCCCCCCCCCCUCCCACAAAACAGAAAAAAAAACAAAGAAAA